AUGGCCCGGGGAGCCCGCACUCAUGACUACGAAGACGAAGAUGAUAUAUACAGCGGGGAGCGAGAUCCAUAUCGCUCUCGACCCCGACGCAGUCGCGAUCGCCAUUAUGUGAAAGAUCGGAGCUAUGUUCGUCGGAAUUCGAUACCCCCUCCGAUAGAAAAGAUGGAAAGGCUCCGUGUUCGUGAUCACCCGCCGCCUGACAGGACUCGAGACUAUCUUGACGACGGACUGGCUGAAACGAGUGAAGUGGACGACAUUGAGGUCCCACCUGAGGAUUUGCUGAGUGACCUUGAGACUCCCAGAGGCUCUGGCCGCAGAUCCUAUGCACGACGCCCUCCGCGUGUGGUUGUCCCGGAGGAGGAUUUGCUUCCUCCGCAGGAUUCAGAUGGCAGACUUACAGAUACGGGGUCUGAGAGAGACGCACCACCCCGAAGGAGAGAUGUGUACACACGGCGCCGCAGACGGACACGAGCACCCAAACAUCAAGCAGAUGAGAUAUACUCUGGAGGGGAUGAGAUGACACCUGAGGGCCAUAGACGCGCUCGGAGUGGCCUCCGGUAUCCUCCAAUCUCGCGAAGACGACCGAAGCCUGGUUAUCACACAGACCUUGAAGACGAAGACGACCAUGGCAUAGCUUUUCCUCCCUCCCGGAGCACGAUAGUCAAAGGAAGGGCCGACUUGUGGCCAGGGGACAACAGGACCUUUGGAAAUAUCGACAGUCCAGAAUCAAUAUCUCGGGGACACAGACGACCGUUUGAAAAACACAGUGAUAGAUUCGAACCAAGAAACCAUGAAGAGCUAUCGUCCCCCGAAUCUGAAGACUCUGCAGAAUUCUCGGGGGCUCCUAUGCCCCCUAUGCCUCCGGGUCGGAGUUCACAACACUUGCGUGUUCCCGAAGAAGACCUCAAGAGGGAAAUACUCAUUGAGCCACGGGAAGAGACCGGCAUCCCAUCUCCACUACGCAACCCAUCGCCCGAUAUCCCCGGCCGUCGAAUGAAAGAGAAAAUUUCUAUACCUCGCUCGAGGGUGGAAUCUCCAAGUCGUGGACCCGACACCAUGGCUCGGGAGUCCCGGCACAGCGACAAUAGCAUCGCUGAGCAAAUCGCCGACGAGAUUACCGCAAAAGAAGCAGCAGAUCAUUGGGCGAUUGUGAACGCUGCGCCAAAAUCUCAAAGCUCCGCCAGAGACCGCAGCACCAGCCAGGAAGCUCCACCCUCGCGCCAUCGAGAACGGAAGAUGAAGUUCACUGCGAACGAUGAGCGACACUCGGGAGAUGACACGGACUAUGGUCGUGCACGAGUAGCGCGCCGAUAUGUCGGGGUGAAGGAGAAAAAGGAACGGCUCUGGACUGAAAUCACGAAAGAUUUGGUCGUGAAAGAGGCAAUCGAGAGGAUGGGGUUUGAGUAUGAGGAAACGGUGACCUCUUACUUUAUCUUCUCGUACCUUCAAUAUGACGACGUCUCGGCUUUGGUUGAACUGUCGGAGGAUAUUCGGGCUGCGCGUCGCCGACGCAUUCAAGAACUGGACCGGAGGAGAGGUUCUGUACCUCCGAUGCCUCUGCGAGAUGAACCGUUAGUAUCUAUGGAACCUUCUCGGCGCCGACAUCGGGAUGGAAAGAGGCCGAAGGACCGGGAGAUCAGAGAUGAUAGCCCGGGGAGGCGCGAGUACGAAAGACAGUAA